ACCGUCCUUCCUCCCCGCCUCUGUGGAUAUGGGGGAGCGUCACAGCCUUGCUAUUGUUAUGCAAAUAAGAGGCUGCCUAAAAGGAGCUGCCCAGGGCAUCCUGCCCUCUAAAGGCGCCCAGGGACGUGGCUGCGGGGGAUCCGCCUGGGGGAGCACUAAGGGAACGGGGGGAUCUGCUACGAGACAAGAGCCCCGCUCUGGGAUACGCACAGCAGCUGCCCCCACCUCCCCCUGGCUCCGGGCACAGCGACAGAGACUCCACGCUGCACCUCUCCCGGCCGGGCUCCGCCGCUCCUAGGGACCGAGCCAGGCUUCCCCUCCGGCCGCCGGCUCCACCUGGAUGCGCAGCCGGGGCGGAUAGCAGCGGCGGCGGCAGCAGCGGGGCGCUCGCCGGCCGCCAGCCGCACGCACCCUGGGAGCCGCACGGAAGCUGCUGGGCCGGGCGCGGGGGGGCGCGCAGCCGUACCGCGGGGAAGCUCGGGGCCCCGGGGGUCUCUUAGCCGGGCCUGAUCCGAUCCGCCAGCCCCCGAGCUGCCCCGCGCCCCGGCCCCGGCUCUUUGCUGCUUCCAUGAGCAUCCGCGCCCAGCGGCUUGUCCGGAGGCCGCGCUCCCAGCCGCAGGGCGCGCCGCUUGCGCGCCGAGCCCCCGCCCCUAGCGCCGGGCUCGCGGGGCGCCCCUGCCGAGCUGGGUGAGGCGGCGCGGGGCACGGAGACCUGCGGCCGCCCGGCACCGCUGCGCCCGGAUCCAGCUGCCCGGCCGCGGCCAUGAGCCAGACGGAGCUGUCCACCUGCUCGGCCCCGCAGAGCCAGCGCAUCUUCCAGGAGGCGGUGCGCAAGGGCAACACCAAGGAGCUGCAGUCGCUGCUGCAGAACAUGACGAACUGCGAGUUCAACGUCAACUCGUUCGGGCCCGAGGGGCAGACGGCCCUGCACCAGUCCGUCAUCGACGGCAACCUGGAGCUCGUCAAGCUGCUCGUCAAGUUCGGCGCCGACAUCCGCCUGGCCAACCGCGACGGCUGGAGCGCGCUGCACAUCGCCGCCUUCGGGGGCCACCAGGACAUCGUGCUCUACCUGAUCACCAAGGCCAAGUACUCCGCGGGCAGCCGGUGACGCUGCGGCCGCCGGGCCCGGGCCGGGGCUCCCCGUGGCGGGCAGCGGCGCGCUCUGCAGGACGGGCUGGGCGGGCGGCUCGAGCCCCCCGGGGCGGGGGCCGCGUCUGCUCCGGCCGCGCUGGGAGCGGAUAACCCCGGGACGUCCCACCCCGCACGCGCACACGGCUGCCGCCCGGGCUGCCCCACGCGGGGGCGCCCGGCGGACUCCGGCCCCGGCCGCCCAAGGGGCCGCCCCGGGCCAGCGCGCUGCGCCCCGCGGGCUGCUCCAGCUGAGGCCGGCAGGGCAGGACCCGGCCCUCCAGGAGACGGGGGACCUCUCCGAGGGGCGGCUGGGCCCUUCCUCCCCGCGGCUGCCUGGCCCGGGACAAGGGUGCCUUCCUCAGCCGAGCCCGCUGACCCGAGCCGCGGCCGGCCCCCAGGUGAGGUUAGGCGGCCGCCUGUGGGCUGGGGGGCCGCGGUCCGGGAGCCGUGACUGACCCGCCUCGGGGCGGGCAAAGCAGCCGCAUCGCCGGACACAGGGCAGAGCUGGGGCGUGGGUUGAUUGUUUAUUAUUGUUUCAAUGACAAAGCUGCUUGGACUCCAUGUUUUUUGCAAAGAAAUCUGGGGGCCCACAAAGAUUUUACUGAAAAACCAUUUAACUGCUUUCAAAGGGGUUUUGUCUUUCAAGGGUUUUUUCUCCUACUGUAAUUUGUUUUCUAUCUUGUUUGUUUGUUUGUUUGUUUGUUUGUUUGGGGGUUUUUUUGGCCAUCUACCUCGGCUGCGCUCACAGCAUUCACGGUUUCAGUCAGAGAUCUGGUCAGAUGCUUUAAAAUGCGCUCACGUUCCCCCCGCCCUGGGGCCCCCCCAGCCGAUCAGUUUGCUGGCUUGUCAGUCCCUGGAGGCUGUCCCUGAUUUUAAAAAAAGAAAAGGAGGACUUGUGGCACCUUAGAGACUAACCAAUUUAUUAGAGCAUAAGCUUUCGUGAGCUACAGCUCACUUCAUCGGAUGCAUUUGAGCAUGUUCU